CGUAGACUAAACAGCAAAACUUCGAAGAUACAAUGAGAAAGAGAGAGAAACACUUUGAAGGUAAUUGACGUCUAGAGAUAACUCUGUAUGAUGUGGUUCACUGACAAACAAGAAUGUGUCAAAACGGUGAUCAUAACAGAGAGACGCGAGCAGGAAGGUAUCAUUCCUUGAAAAAUUGACUUUAGGUUACAUCAAAACAUAAGUUUCAGACAAGUAACCAACAACUGUAGGAAACGCAUAGACGUUAUGUGAGAGUUCAUUGCGCGAAAGUGUAGAUUAACGUUGGUUAACUGCGAAAAGAAAAGAAGUUACAACCACGAUACAGAGAUCAUGACCUUUGUCUAACGCAGAACAUCACUAAAAUAAGUCAUCGAUUCUUUCGUCACUGCAAACGCAUAUGUAACUGGUGCAAAUGAAAAUCAUUGAAUUCUAUUAAACUUUACAAUCCGGCAUAAACACUAGUACAAAUGCACAUCAACAAAUCACAGUGUAACGUUCCACUCCAACAUGGACAUCCAAUUUAGGAACAAAGGCGACAACAAGAGGGCUGAAUCCGUAACAAAGAAAUGUAACGUUUAUCAAGUCAUGGCAUCCUAGAUCGACAUUCAGGACACCCCGCGAGCAGGUUUACUGAAAAAAGAGAGAUAUUACAACUCAUGAAGACGUUCCGUCCACCAAUACAGCGUGAUCUCUGUAGAUCACACCACUCGCAGACUACAAUCAUGUGUCCAACAGUGGGCUCCCGUGCAGACCGGAAUGAGGCAUGAGUAUUAGCUUCGAGUCAAGGUGUACUUCCAUAGUUUCAAAGGAGACGAAAUUUCACGUCUAGCUUCGCAGUUCUGACAAAUGUGGAAUCACGUCAAACGACCUAACUCAAUAUCACACAAUAUUAGCCUCUACUUGCCGGGCAGAUGAAGCUAUAUGCGGCACCAACCUGAGGCCACACGAAGGAGGAAGACCCAAAAAGCCGUGAUGAUAGUAAGUGGUGCGAUUGAAUCUCUAUUCAAUUGAGUACUGAGGGAACCAACAGGAAAUCACACUACUCAGUAGAUUGAUAACUAACUAACUAAAAGAGCAGAGUGGCAGAAAGCUUAGGGGCAGUCCAGAUGAUCGCAAAAAACACGAGUGCUAAUAACAAGGGAGACACUGCACAAUUGAUGAGAAGCAAGAAGAGAUAAAAAGACAGAAGAAACAAGGCUUAUGAUCAUGCACAAGUACGGGGAGUCAGAAUAUACGUUCCGGAAUGUAAGAUAACCAGACACAUCGAAUGCACGUAGAUUCCCGACUUUCAAAUUUAUUGCAUGGAAAGCAGAGCAAUAAGAAAAUCAUGUCUUGCAUACUUUACGGCAUCUAAUCAAAGAGUUGUGAUUCAAACAAGAAACGAUAACAACUGUUUUCUUCCUGUCAACACUGUCACUUAAUUAAUAGACAGCUAUUUAAAAUACAGUACAUUUAAAGUGAGCAAGUAUUAACGAUCAUGGCCACUCUCCUCACAAAACCAAGAAGGAUCGAGGACUGAGGCUGGACUAGAGUGGAUUCGAUGGUCAAGACAAAUUUGGAAACAGUAAUAGCGGUGUGUGAUUGGGCAUCAGAGUUUGCAGGGAGGAUAUAAUAAGAUCUGCGAAUUACGUUACAAGUGGGCCUACCUCCUCACAACAAAUAGUUACAUCACUAUAAACUGCUAUCUGCAUACGACCUUCAUUAAACGCCUCAGCUGAUGCAAAAGCUGCCCAGCAGAUGUAAAAGUGCCACAUCACUUCCUCUUCCAGUGAACAUUUGCUCCGGAAAUACACUUGCCAGUGGAGAUAUCUUUGCAGGUUAUUUUACAGCUAUACUUCCAUCACUGAGAAGUUUUCCAUGUGAUUGCAUCACAGUAAGAUUGCAGAACAAAAGCUCAUCUAACGAACGAGGUCGCUGUCCUGGAAAAUCAGGUAUAGACAGCUGCUAUAGACAGCUGAAUUUGGUUGAUUUGCUAUCGUACUCACCUUCCUCCUAUACUUUGAAUCAUCUCUGGAGGUUUGCAUUCAUAUUCUUCUUUUUAAUUGCCAUGGUUGUUCCUGCUUUCUGGUCUUGGCCUUCAUUCUUCUUUUCGGUUCGAUAUCAAUUAUGUGGCACCCUUUAGAUGGAUGUAACACCGUGGUCUGAAAAGUUUUGGUCUCAUUCUAUGUCAACCCAAGGCGUUUAAUCAUGUACUCAUCCAUUACUCAGAGUAGUACGUUCAAAUCCAGUGAUACGAGUUUAUUCCCGGGCUUUUUCAUAAGUCAAGCGAACCAUACAUCGGAGAACAUUCCCCAUGAUUACACAAUCCACAGCACUUUCUAAAUGGCAAUUUCUGAUGUAUUCAAGCUUGAUCUACAUUGCAUAGACCCUGGAAAGUACGAUGUCCACCCUGACCGUGGUAUGGAAAGCAAGCAAAGUACAAAAGUGUAGCUAACCUGCAUACCUUAAAAUUCGAAGAGGAAGACGGCAGAAGUUUAAGGGACUAUGGUCAUUAAUAUUAGAAAGUCAUAGCUUGAAGAUCCCAGACCCCGUCAUUCACAAUUUCAAGUUUUACAACCCCAGGAACCAUUUUGCAGAGCUACGUACUGAGAGACGUUCUCGUGGAGGCAGCUCUCUUUCUGAGAGAGGUAGUGCGUGACAGUUUAUAAACAGAAGCUCCGUCCUCCCGAUGCACAACAGAUUCUACGUGAUCCACCACUAGGGCUUAUCCGUAGAAGGCCGACUGGCAGAAACCGGUGAAACACAAACACAAGGGCUCCAACAGCUUUGUCAAAAAAAGACGAAACGCAUACGUUGCACACCAUAUACGUAAAGCUGAACUCUUUCAACUCGUCUGAUCUAUUUCACUUAGUAGAAAAAGAAUCGACCAAUAUGUAUUGAAGUACAAAUUGCUUUCGACGUAGAUGCUGGCAGAGCCACCUAUCUUUUGUAGCGAAUUUGACAUGGCCGCUCCUAAGGUUUGUGUGGCUAGUGACGAGGAGUAAUGCCUCUUCUACCCAGGUAAGUCGGCACCGUGAUAUGAACUCUCUGACCAUUUCAAGUUAACCCGGUGCUGUAGAAUAUCUACAAUAGGGUCUGUACAUCGUUAAUGGAAAAUCUCCAUGAUCUGUUGCAUUUUUUGUUGUUCUCAAACUACCCGCAGUACAGUGCAGAGACCUCUUCGACGCGGUACCCACUGACUAAGAAGGCGGAAUCAUGUCACGAUGGAGUGAUUCCCGUUGGACAUGUGAUGUUCAUGGCACCUGAUUUCCUUUCUAGCAUCUGAUUCGAGGAACCAAAAGCAAUUGGUUCUGUCAAGGCGCUCAGGCACUUCUUUGCUUUCUAACAAUACUUCAAUUUCUGUCUCUUAUCCGGGCAGUUCCUCCUAUAAAUUGUGCUUGCCUUUUUCCUUUAUCCCUUUUCCAUUUUCCCGACUCACUCCUAUGCUUCCAUUCUGUAUCUUCAAUCAGUGGUUUACCCCUAAAUCCGACGAAAAAUUCGGCAGGGUGCUAUGCUAUUUUAACGGCAAUUUUUCUCAUCAUGUUCCUAAGUAUCAAGUAAUGCCUUAGACCAGAGCACCUAAGGUUGUUCCUCCAAGGUACGUGCUUCGGUCCACUUGCGUGUUCAGCCCUUGCAGUUGAUCACAUACAAUUAGCCGUAAAAAUAAAAAGAGGACAUGACGAUAACGACGUAAAAGAAUCAAGCACUCAAUGAUGUGUCCAUUAUGUAUCAGGACUAGUAGCUCCUAGUUGUAAGAUGGCAGAAGCUCCCUGCUAGAGCUAGUUGACGGCACAGCUAUAAGAAGACUAUAAAGUCUGUAAGAAGUCUAUAAGACACCGAACUCUCUAGAAUACGUACAAAUGAGAACAGGUAUGAAUUACUUCCUCAACAAACAUAGAUCGAGCGACCAUAAAACCUUUCAGCAAUGAGAGAGAUGAGACUGAUGAGACAAUCGUUUCGAACAAGUUUUCAAUUUGAUACUUACAAAAUACACAUUCCAUCUGUGUUUCCAACCCUGAUUUCCCAUGACGUUUACCGAGACGAUGCAUUCUAAACCAUAUGUGAUGCUUAUCAAAAGUCCAAAAAAGCCGUGCCACUGAAGCGUGUGAAUACAUCUUUCAUACACCUAUAAACUACCUAUUGUUCCGCACAAGUGGUCCGUUCAACCAGACAAAUUCAUGCGGACCCAUUACAUCUGCAGACCGUAACAUAAUGUAAUAGACUGAAUAAGUCCAAAUGUUGAUCAAAGAAAACUAUUCGACAUUUCCUACGAAAAGAAAAGACCGUUAGCAUAACACACACCUAACACUAUCUUUCAGUUUCAUGUGCAACUGCAUCUCCCAUCAAGCAUCACUUGUCGAUAUAGUAAAAGCAUCAGCCAGGUAGUUAAAUGGCACAUGUUUAUCUGUGUAAACUUUAUGUACAAAAAAAGAAGUUCAGACAAUCAGAUCUGGGUUUACACGCUCACAUCUUAAGUUCCCAGUACACCUUAUCCAACAAUUUAUUCAUCCUUCUGGUGUUACUCUAACCAAGCAUUUCCAGAACCUACUCCUCUCUAUUUACCUUCGGGCGGCUGGAUUUGAACACUUAUUAUUCUUCGGCUUGUCUCACCCUCGUGCUGAUCUCAGCUGCAUGCUUAAAACUCUCCCGAAAAUGAAGCGAUGACACAAAUUGAGUUUAAAUAAAUGAUACUAGGGUAAAUUUAAUGAGCUGAUUAUCAACAAAACAUGAACAAUUAUUUAAUGCCAGACCGUUCAGAUAUUUAUAGACUGCACGAGAACUGUUUUAGUGUAUGGCCACACAAAAUUACUACCCAGGAAUUAGCAAUGUGGUGCAUACACCUCUGCAAUUCUGUCAAGAAGAAGCAGACUAAGUUUAACACAAGUAUCAUAAUCAGCCUUUCAAAGAUGAAAAUCGCUUACUUCCAGAGAAUUCUGCUCCGCGGUUUGCAAUAGGAAGGAAGACUUUGUUCCGAUUAAGAAGUAAUAAGCCAAGGGCACGACUGAUCAACUUACUUCCUACUGUAAAAUGAUUGGAAGACAAUACUUGUAAAGUCUUAUGCAGACUGAUAAAACUUAAAUAGUCGAGAUGAAAUCCCAGAACGUCGGAACAAACCGUCCAGUAACUCAAGACAGUCUGCUAGCUUGGGAUAAUCACCAAUACUACUAUCUACAGCGAUCUACAGCGAACAAAGGAAAGACAGGCCGUAAUACAAGGUGGGCCUCAAAGAAGUAAAGGCCAAAGACAAUGGUUACGGGAUAUAACCCUAAGGCUCUUCUAUAAAAUUGCGUGAGCUGACCAGCAGCAACCAUGAAUCCCAGUUACUCGGCUUCGUAAAUCUUUCCAGAGGACUUAUCGCUUGGAAUCCGACUACAAUUCCACAAUACACUGAACGAAAAACCUCCAAGAAACUGAUGGCAGCAAGUGCUCCCAUGGACGAUGAGAGCACGAGGUAUCAGCUGGAAUGAAUAACUCAUAUCUAAAGUCUACGGCACACCCGACAGGUUCACGGUCUCAAGAACAAGGAAAUUCAGAGAUCUGACCAUUGCUGAACUACAAACUCCACUAGCCAUGGAGCCCCAGCUGAACAACAACUCAUCGUACAAAUAUAUGGAAACAACCUACCUCCUCGUACAUGACGCUAGCGUGCAGAAAGGAUCUCAACUGUAAGACAGCGGGCAAUUCGAAAAUCCAACGGAAAAAACAAGAACCAAAUGGCAUCGUAACUUCUCUCAACAAUGCUAAGCAACACAACGAGAAAAUGGCGAGAACACUCGUCUGUGUGUACACACAAAACCCUAACAACAAAGAGAAUUUCCUCGACUCUGUAAUGUUCAUUUCCACUAACCAGUGACGUAAUACCAAAGAAGAGUAUAAACCGUGUCCAGAAUUUGCAUAUGCUCAUGCUCAUAUCGAGAAGAGACUAAGUAAUCAAAUGGGAGUCACAUCCUCCUCACACAAGGGCCGCUUCUGUUCAUCUUCUCAUGAAAGGGCCUCCGCGAGCACGGAAGUCCAUAUGCCUCCUGCCGAUUGGAACGGUAAUUCCACUGGUGGACAGCGGGGUCGUAAGGUGAGGCCCGG